AUUUGCACAUCUCAUGCUCUCAGUCCCAGUGAGUCAGUAAAAUAGGAAUGAUACAGCCCUAAUGGGUGGACCCUUGACAUAACCCCUUCCUCCUGCUCAGGUAUAUAGGACAAUCACAGCACGCUAUACUCUACACGACACGCAGACAUGGAACCUUCACGCAUCAUUUGGGUAUUUGCUUUUUGUGUGAUUGCAGGUAAGGGCUUUGUUCAGGAUCUCACUUAUAAAUGCACAGAAGAGCAGUCUCUUAUGGGAUAACGCUCAGGUAUAUGUAGGGUAGGUAUCCCCCAACUCGCUAGGGACUGAUAAACUCAUUAGCUAAACAGUUAAUGAUUUCUGCACCACUUGUUACAUAGGUAUAUCUUCUACAUUACAUAAAGCAGUAACUUUAUUUUUCAAUAGUAGAAUAAACUAUCUCUGUGCAAAUUAUUGGUUGGCUAACAAUUAUUUCUCAUUCUUUCUCUCUUUCUUUUCUCUCUUUUCUUUCUUUCUCUCCUGAAAUUAUUGUUGUGAUUAUUGUCUUUAGAGUAUAUGAGCAACUGUUCCUCUAUCCUUCUUAAUGAAUGUUCAUAUUUGCAGUCUGUGUUUGGAACCUUCCUGUGCAGUGCUACAGAAUAUGUGUAAAUCUAAUUGCUGUUACAGUGAUUGUGAUUGAUAUCUCUCUAGGUGAUUCUUUCAAUGUAAUCACUGAAAACAUUCAGCCUGAAACAUUGAUCUUCCAGCAUUGAUAACAAAUAACUUAUUAAUUCAUGAAUAUGAAAGGAAAAACAUUUUAGUUGGUAACAUGCCAGUGCUAGUAAUUAGCUACAGGGUUAUUUACUAAGGUACGAAUUUAAAGUUAAUUUAAAUUAAAUUCCAAGUUUAAGGUCUCAGUAGUCAAACUAAAAGCAUAGCUGGAUAAAAGCCUGUUUCCAGUUCAGCUAUUUUAACCAUUAAUAUGAAAUUCACUGUGAUUUCUCACUUUAGUAAAUAACCCUGCUAGUGUGAGAUUACAAAUGAAUGUUGAAUGACUGACAGUCAUAGGGUAGUAUUUCUACAGAGUACUGUACUCCAAUAGUGGCAAGUUACUGCUUGCCACUAUUGGAGAGUCCUGCAUCAGAUUCUUUCUUGGGGAAUCCAUCUAUAUCCAAAAGUCUCAAUGAUGGAUGUAUUUCAGUUAAUCCUAGAUCCGUAGUUGUUUCUUAUAAAGUAGCUCGUUGUAUCACUUGAUUACAAAUGUUCUUCCAGCUGUCUCUGCAAAGGUCAUAGUAAAGGAUGGAUGCUCCCAGGGCCCCGAGUUCUGGUGUCAGGAUCUGGUGACAGCCGCUCAAUGUGGAGCAAUCGACCACUGCAAGGACGCUGUGUGGAAAGAAGGAGAGGUAAAGAGAAAAGCCACCAAUAUUACUCGUUAGAUACAAAGCAGAUUAGUCAUUAUUUUCUGAUUUGCACAAAGGCUCUAUUAGCUCGCCAUGACUUCAGUUUGUCCUUAUACAUUUCAAUUUAAUCCGAUUAUUAUCUUCUGUCUACACUUUGCACGUGCACUUAGUUUUCCGCAGUACAUAGCAUUUCUCUAUAGCAGGGGUGCCUUAAAAUGUAGAUCCCCAGAUGUUUUAAAACUACAGAUUCAUGAUGCUUUGUCAUUCUAAAGCACUCAAAACACAUGUAAACAUAAAGGGAGUUGUAGUUCUACAACAUCUGGGGAUCUACCUUUUGUGCACCCCUGCUCUAUAGCAUGAGCAGUUAACUCAGGAGUUCUCUGAAGACUAAAUUUUUAACUCAGUAGCUGUACAUAGGAAAGCUGAAAAUCAAACUCAGCAGCUGAACAGAGGCUGAAAAUUAAACUGAGCAGAGUCUUAGUCAGGGGAGUUGGUAGGUGGCAAAAAGACCAGGUAGGUGCAAAUCCUCACACUGCAAGCUCGGAUUCCCCUGGCAGCCCAGUGGCAAUGUUAUAAAUACAUAAAAUAAAUCCCCAGCCUUGCACGGCUCAGUGGUGCCACCCCCUUCCAGGGCAGGUGCCAUCCCUGCCAUAUCCUCUGUUUAUAAAAAAAUUGAGCUGUUAAUACUUGCCCCCUGUUCAUUCCAUCCUCUUACUAUGUAAUAUUUGUGUCUUUCUCCAGGAUACCCUGUGUGUCCAGUGUAAGCAGAUUGUGACACUCCUACUUAACAUGGUAAAAGCUUCAUCUAUCCAGGUAAGACAGAAGGCUAGCAAUGUAAAUGGCAAUCUAUUAACCUGGCCAAUCAUUGCAUCUACAUCUUUUAUUUUUUAUUUUUUUUUUACCUAUUUGUGUUCUGUUGCCUUAUUAUUCCCCUAAAGGGCACCUGUUCAAAUUUUCACUUCUUGGUUUUUUAAAAGUUUGUUACGUUUAUUGAGACAAUUCUUUAUUUAUUUUUUAAUAAUGUUCAUUGGUUUUUGACCAACUGCUGCUCAACCUAUCCUGCUUGCUGCCACAGAUUCACGUAGCGCUAUCACAGCAGCAGGCAAGUUUGGUUGAUCAGCAGUUGGUUAGAUAACAGUAGAGUCUAACUCAACAGUUGCUCAGUCAGAUAAAAUAGCAAAAUAUUCUUUAAGAAUCAAAUAUACACCAUUUCAAAAGUUAUUGUUUUAUUAAAUGUACUUAUCAUUUAAAGGACAACUGUCAUCAAAUGUUCAUCUCACAUUUUUUAAUCAUUAUCAUCCAAUCUUUCUUUGGCAGGACACCAUCAAGACUUUUCUUCACAAGGAGUGUUCUCAUCUGCCAGUCUCUGCUCUUAUACUCCAAUGUCACCAACUGGUAGAACAAUACCAGGGGGUCCUGAUUGAUCUACUGGAAAGUCAAAUUGUGAGUAUCUGCCACCUGUUAGGGAAAAACAGUAAGAACAGUUGGGCACAAUAAGUUUAAGAAUCAUAUCUUGGGAAGAAGUCAGUAAUAAAUAUUAUAAACCUUGCCUGUACAUAUGAAUAUGAAAAUGUAUAAUUUAUCUCAUUAUAUAUUAUAUGUUAAAGGACAUUUUGAAAUGCAGACAAUAAAGUCCUUGUUCUGUCAAUCCUAACAUUUUAAGUGGUAGUGAACUCAAAUUUAAAAGAGCCAAGAAUGUCCUUUUGGGUGAAGAAGUGGAUGCUUUGUUGUGUCUGGGAGGCUGAUUGUACCACAGUAAACUGCUGGGACACCUUCAACAAACUGAACUGACAAGAGUGGUGAAGUAAAGAAAGGCUUAAUAAAUAUAGUGUAACUGUUUACACAUUGGAUCAGUGAACAAGUACUGUGUUACUAUGCAAAGGUCUCUGGGUAGCCUCUAAAUCUUUAGUGUGUACCUGGCCUGUCCCUGAUUGGCUCCUUACACAUGCUUAGUGUUAUCUUUGUCCGUGUGUUUUAACAAUAUAGGUUACGGAGAAUCUGUAAGUGUUUUUAGUUAAUUUUGUAUUAUUUAUGUAUAUGUUACUACUCUAUAUACUUGCCUGCUCAUGUUUUUAGAGCAGUCUUGUAUUAUACAGCAGUGAUGACAGCACCACCUCCGAAGUGGACAUUUUAUUAGUAAUGGAUAAUGUUUCAUUUAAUUACAUUGCCUCCCAUUCACGGUUUAUGGUUUAUGGAAUUUGUAGACACUUUUCUAGAUAGAUCUAUGUAAUGUGUGCUUUAUUUGUAGCUCCUGCUCAUGGAUAAUGUUCUCAUAGAAGAAUUUAACAAUACAGAUUUAAUAGCACCUUAAUGUGUAUCUUUUUACAUUUAGAAACAUUGCAUUUUUUAUAUUUAAGUAGUUUUUUUUCUCCUAUUUUUUUCCAGCUAUAACUUCAUUUUUCAUUUAUUGUAUUUUUAUACACUGAAGAUACAUAGGUCAGCCUUUCUCACACUUUAUUCAAAUAUAAUGUUUAGGGGGUAAAAUGCCCAGCAAUACAGCAUUACACAAAAGUCAAAAUUGAAGCUUCCAAGAAGAAAAAUGCUUAAAAAUGCUGGAAUCUGCAAUAUUCUAAAGCCACUUUCCUUCUGAAUCCUCUUAUCUGUUGAGCCCUUGAGUUGAGAAGUCUCCCUUAGAUGCACUUAAACAUAUUUGAACAUACUCACUCAUAGUGAUGAAAUUGCAUCUGUGCUCCUCCAAAGUAAAUAAAGCAAGGUUUCACUAGACAUUCUUUAGCACAAUUCUCUUUGUACUGGGUUCAUUCCAUGCUAUACUAGACUGAAGAUAAGUUCCCACGGACUAAUGAAAGUAUUUAGAACAUUAGGCAGACUAGAUGGGCCAAAUGGUUCUUAUGUUCUUAUCUGCCGUCACAUUCUAUGUUUUUAUGUGUCUAUGUUUCUUUCGCUGCUUACGCCAUGAGUUGUGUCCAACAAAUGGAUUAGUUUGUUUAUAUCUAGCUGAUAUUUGUAUAUGUUUCUUCUUUUACAGAAUCCACAAUCUAUAUGUAGUAGUCUGACCCUCUGUUCAUCUGACCAAUCGAGUAACUUGAACUCAGAGCUGCUGACCAAUCAUAUCCUUGAGACUGUAAUACCUCUUGUACAAGAAAAUUUACAGAAUGCCUAUUUAAAAUCUUACCAGAAACAGGUAUCAUAUUACCUUACAUAUAGAUUAUUUUAUAUAUUUUAAUUCUUUAUUUAAACAGGACCAAAAUGCCUACAGGUAAGACGUACAAGUGAACAAAUGUGAAACAUCAGGACAUGAGUUUAUAUUUUGAACAGCUGUGGCAUAGAUAUUCUGACCACAAAUUGCAAUAUUUUAGUUUUACAAAAAGGUGUGAUCUGGUGAUCAGACCAGAAAAAUAGGUUAAUUGCAAGUAGUGGAGUGUAUUGGGUAAACUGACAAUCAGAUUGCAAAUUUUAGACCAAAAUAGCAAAAUUAGAACAAUUCUCAAUCUUAGCAAUGUAUGCUAAAUUUAGAAUUUGCUGGUCUUUUCACCACAUGUGUUUAGUCAUUCCUCACUUUCUCUGCAAGCCUCUUUGAUCCUUGCCUAGUAGUAACAUGUCCAGACAAAUCUUGAUACAAAAGUAAACAUUUGGUUAGUUUGAAAAAUUAGGUAGAUGGAUCUUCUAAAACUGAGAUCGCAAAGUCAUGUAUAUUUUCAUCACCAUAAAAACAACAAAUUCUAUAGAUAGAAUGGAUUCAAUGAGUACUGGGACACUAUCCGCAUCAUCAUUUAUGAGAAAUGUUAGACAACGCAUAUUAUUCACUGAUUUACCUUGUAUAGCUUGUUUCAAGAUAUAUUGAUGGGGAAAUGAGAAGGGUUACCAGAUUAAAAAAAAAAAAAAAAAUACAGUCUUAGCAAACUAUGGAAAUGCAAGACUAAAGGGAAACACUAGGCAUGACAUUUUACUGACACGGAUUAUUUGUGAAUUAAACCCAAUCGGCAAAAUGUAGGUUAAAAUUACUAAGCUGUGACCAGGACUGGCCAUCGGGCACACCAGGCAAAUGGCAUGGGCCAAGGCCGGCAGGGGAGGUCACAGGAUCUCCCCUGUCAGCACGCGCAGGGCCCGCGCUAUGCGAGCGCCGGCCUUGAUGCAUUCCAUGACGGGCCGGUGGGGAGAUCCCGGCUGGGGAGAGAGAAAGGAGAGGACCCCGGAGGAGCUCUAUCUUGCAGCUCCACUGGGUUCCUCUCGCUAGAUCCAUGGCAACGCUCCGAAUCUUGCGAGAGUGAACACUAGCUGUGCAGGCUAGAGUUCACUCACCACUAGAACCAUCAUGGAUGGCAGAACGGUCCCCCUCUCAGGCAUAAGGUAAGAAAGGAGGGGGGAUACAAUGCUGCCUUUUUUUUUUUAAAUAAAAAAAUACAUAUAUAAUGAACAUGGCUCCCCCAACACACAAUCCCUCCAAACACAUACACACAAAGCACUCUCUCACAAACACACCCACACAGCAUCCUCUCUUACACACACACACACGUACAGCAUUCUCUCACACACAGCAUCCUCUCACACACACAGCAAUCUCUCUAACACACAAAAAUACACACAACACUCUCUCACACACACAGCACUCUCUCACACACAUACACAGCAUCCUCUCACACAUGCACACAGCAUCCUCUCACACACAUACACAACAUCCUCACACACACACACAGCACUCUCUGACACACACACAGCAUCCUCUCACACACACAGCACCCCUUUCAAAUGACACAGUCAUUGUCACACACAUUGUUUAACCAACACACACUUUCACUGAAACACACAUUCACAGACAUACACACUCACUCAUUCACUGUUACACUCAGUUACACACAUACUCACAUUCACCGACAGACACACAUAAAGACUAGCUGACAGAUACGCAUUCACCAACAGACACAUGCACAUUCACUGACAAAUACAUAUACACUCUGACUGACAAACACACAUACACACACAGUGACAAACACAUAUACACUGUCAGUGACAGACACAUACUCACUGACACAUACACACUCUAACAGACACACACUAACACUAACAGACACACACUAACACUCACUAACAGACACACUAACACUUACUAACAGACACACUAAACCUCACAGACACGCUAACAGACACACACUCACUAACAGACACACACUUACACUAACAGACACACACUUACACUAACAAACACACACUAACACUCACAGACACAGACACACUCACUAACAGACACACACUAACACACUCACUAACAGACGCACACUAACAGACACACACCAACACACACACACUAACACACACACUAAUACUCACUAACAGACACACACCAACACACACACUAACAGACACACACUCACUAACAGACACACACUAACACUCACCAACAAAUACCUACACUAACACACUCACAAUAAUAAUUAAAAAAAGUUUUAAUCCACCCGGCCUCAUUCCUUUGGGAGUGCUGGAGUGGAUUUUUCCCUGUGGUCCAGUGGGGUUGGCUGCAGCUUGGUGGGUGGUCAGGAGAUCUGGUAGACAGGUGAGCGGUGGGGGCGGGUUGCGAGGGAGCUCUGAUCUCCCUGCUCAGCUCCCUUGCACACCUCUUAGUGAUGCCGGGGCUGGAGUGACAUCAUAUUCCAGCUCCAGCAUCACUGCGGUGAGCGCAAGGGAGCUGAGCAGGUAGAGCUCGGGGGAGAGUGCUCCCUCGCCGCCCGCAUUAAACAUUAGCGCAUGCCAGCUUUGAGGGGGCCAAUCGGCCAGCUCCUGGGCCCCCCAGGACAAGAGGUUCGCAAGGCAUUUGCCAGGGUGUUGCACCGCUUAAGGCAAAUGCCUUGUCAACCUCGGCCUAGGUACAGCGCUGCACACACACACAGCAUUCUCUCACACACACAGCACCCCUCACACACUGCACCCCUCACACACUGCAUCACACUCCUCUACACACACUACAUCACCUAUACACACCUAAACACACACUACAGCCCUUACGCACACACCCACUACAUCCCCUAUACACAGUAUGCCCCCUAUACACACACACACUCUCUACUGCACCUAGACACACAUACAUUACACCACAAACACAACACGACUGAAACCAACCUAUUAACACAAAACACCAAAUAACAAUCAGCUCAAUCUACACACACGCAAUCCCACAAGCAGGCUCCAAACACAUGCACAAUACUCUUUCCUGGCAUUUUUGUCUCCUGGUAUCCCAUUUAUAGAGACACCAGAGACAAGUUUCAAGCAAACACAGCGCAAGCAUGUUAUUGUAUUUGCUUGCGCUGUGCAGAACAAAUGCAGGGCCUUUUUCUCAUGCUAGAGCUUUUCAGCAGAGCUCCACGCAUGGUGUGCCCUGGAAGUGCAUUGAACCAACAUGCUCAAGAGGGGGCGUGCUUGUCAUUAUUGAUGACAAAACACACCUGAACUGGGCCCGCUCAAUUCUCAGUGGGCCACUGUGAUUAAAAAUCACCUGGGACGAAUUUUUACCCCAGUCCGGCCCUGGCUGUUAUUAUAAGUCAGUUGGAGGUUUCAUUUAUUUUUUAAAAAUAAUUUUAUCCUUGAGUUUGUCAUAUGGAUUUAAUUCACAAAAAUUUGGUGUUUGGUAAAUAGGCCACUUGUAAUAUUACAGUUUUUUUUUGUUUUUUAAAUCAAUCCCCUGGUUUAUCAAAACAAAAAAAAGCUUUAUUUUAAUCAUUAACAGAACAAGAUCUAGUAAACAGAGCUAUAAAAACUGAAUGCAAAAAAGAAGUAACUCAUAUAGCAACAUUUUAAUUCACUGUAUUAAAAACAUAGAAUAUUUUUUUUUUUUUUUUUUUAUCCUUAGUACUAUAUGGAGAUGCCAAAAACAAAAAAUUAGAAUUAUUGAAAGUCAGCAGCAUGUAUCUUACACCCCUCAUCACAUGUUUAAUAAUGGUGUGUAAAUCAAUACAUUAUAAAAUAAUCAAGAGAAAAUGUUCUAGUAAGGAACUUUUUCAAGAUUACAUUAAAGGAAAAGUCCAAGCACCAUAAGCACUACAUUGCACUGUAGUGGUUAUGGUGCCAGCAGUGCCUUGAUGCCGCCCCAUCUCCCUCCGUUAAUGUAAGUGGUCAAACUAAUGCUCCCAGAUUAUGAGCUAGCUGAGGAGAGCUAAACAAAGCCCCUGCAUAGAAGCUACGUGCUCCAAUUACAUUUUCUUUGAGACAAGUUCAAUCCUAUCUCACUUACUAAAACAUAGGCCAUAUUAUUAUUAUUAUUUGUAAAAAGACAACAUACUGUGUAGAGUUAUAAAAUAAGUGGAACUUAAAUUCAAGUUUGUUUGACAUUAUACAAUUACAAAUUAUAUCACAUACUAAAAUGAGUUAAUUUAAGUUAAUUUAAACCAAACUUCUAAAGAAAACAAAAUUACUAUUUUUUUUUAAAUAUGAGAAUAGCAUAUGUUCAUCUCCUAAAGAUCUGUUGGUUUGUUAACCAUGAAAGCUGAAAAUUAAAUAUAAAUAAAAUGACGCUUUCUACAAGGAUGUCUAUCCAGCUAUUUUUGUAGAAAAAUCAAAGAAAAAUGGUGCAUGGAAGUGAGCCUUAAAGUGAAUGCGGUAUGAUCUAACUAGGGAACCUGGGUAGUCACUUGACUCAGUGCUGUUUAACUAUUUUUUCACUCUGUAUUACAGAAUGGCAAAGGAGACUUGCCAAUCCCACUGCCAACAUGCUGGAUGUGCAAAUCAUUUAUUGGUCGAAUCGAGGCAGCCAUCCCGAAGGUGAAUUCUGCUUUCUGCUACCCCUUCAUUGUAUUUUCAUAUUCAUAUCCAUCUAAUUCAUGACCAGCAUGGUUAUUCACUAGAGAUUUCAAAAAGAAUUUCAAAUUUCAAAUUUACAGGAUUACUCCAACCACCAUGACCACUUCUGCUUUUAGAAAUGGUGGUAGGUGUUUGUACGUGCAUAGUUCCUGCUUGAGAUGCUGUACAGGUAGAGUAAUCUGCUACUUUGUGCUGGGGUCUAGUUGUACACUAUGUUCUAGACUGCCCAAUUUCAAUUCUACCUAGUCAGUUUAAGUAGGUAGAAUACUUCUUUAUGGGAAGCAUUUGAUUGGACCACGCGUGGGCAGUGGUGAUGUCGAAUUGGGACAUGGAAACCAGUGCGAAGAGCCUCACCCAGUGCUGGAUUCCAGGUACUUUUCUUUAUUUCCAGCAUUAUCGGGUGGGAGAUAGUGGAUAUUGCCCAGAGAAUAAUUGUAAACUAAAUACAUAUGCAUUUGUGAGGUUUAAAAACUAAAUUAAUUUUAGAAAUCCACACCUCAUUAUUCUGCAAAAAGGCUUCAUCCAUCUUGCAUCCCUGUCAAUCAUUGAGGCAAACUGUCCUUUGCACUUGGCAGUCAGCAAAGAACAAACAUACAGACAAGGGGAGAAAUUAUACAAUAUUUACAUUUCUCCUCUUCAUUUGCAAUGUUUGCCCUGGUUUUGCCUUGUCUGAACUGGAUCAUUAUGUAAUUUGCUAAUUCUUUAAAGGGACACUAUAGUCAUCAGAACAACUACAGCUUAUUGCAAUUGUUCUGGUGAGUAGAAUAGUUCCCUUCAGGCUUUUUGCAGUAAACACUGUCUUUUCAGAGAAAAUGCAAUGUUUACAUUACAGCCUUGGGAUAACUCCACUCGCCACUCCUCACAUGGCUGCUAGACAGUGGUGUAUCCUGAUUUUGUGCUAUCCUACGCAGGACCCCCAUUCAACCCUUCCCCCUGACCCGCCUUCUAAAUACACACACACACAUUCACUGACAGAUACGCAUACACUAGCUAACAGACAAACACACACACACACACACUCACUAACAGACACACACACUCACUAACAGACACACUCACUCACUAACAGACACACACACUCACUAACAGACACACACACUAACAGACACACACAGACACACACCAGCAGACACACACACACUAACAGACAGUCACACAUGCACUAACAGACAGACACACAGACACACACUAACAGACACACACUAACAGACACACACAUUAACAGACACACACACACAGACAGACACACACACUAACAGACACACACCAACAGACACACACACCCAACAGACACACACAACAGACACACAGACAGACACAGACACACACCAACACACCCACCAACAGACACCCACCAACAGACACACCAACAGACACACCAACAGACACACACACCAACAGACACACACCAACAGACACAGACACCACAACAACAACAGACACACACACACCACCAACAGACACAGACACACAGACACACACAAACAGACACACACACACACACACUAACUGACAGACACACAGACACACACUAACAGACACACCCAGACACACACACACUAACAGACACACAAACACACACUAACAGACACACACACACUAACAGACACACACACACACACUAACAGACACACACAGACACACACACACACACACACACAGACACACACACACACAUACUUUUUUUUUUAUUCAACCCCCCCAGCCUCCUUACCUUUGGGAAUGCUGGGGGGGGGGUUCUCCCUCUCCCUGGGUUCUAGUGGGGCUGUUGGGUGGUCGGGCGGCACUGGCGAGGGAGCACUUUCCCCUGAGCUGUCUGCUCAGCUCCCUCGCGCACCAUAUUAUGAAUAUGACGUCAUAUUCCGGCUCCCGGCAUCACUCUGCUGCACGUGAGGGAGCUGAGCAGAGCGCUCAGGGGAAGUGCUCCCUCGCCAGCACUGCCCACCAGACCGACCGCUCACCCGCCUGCCUGGACUGUUAGCCGCAAGGCUUACAAGACAUUUGCCCUGGGCAUUUGGGGGCGGCUUUUUUUGCCGCCCCCUGGAAAAUGCUGCCCAAGGCAAAUGCCUUGUUUGCCUCAUGGCUAAUACGUCCCUGCUGCUAGAGGUGCUUCUUGGGGCAGUGCUGCACAGUGAGCAGCACUGCCAUUCAGUGUCUCCACUCUCUGCAUGCAGACACUGAACUUUCCUCAUAGAGAUGCAUUGAUUCAAUUCAUUAUUAUUAUUGCCAUUUGUAUAGCGCCAACAGAUUCUGUAGUGCUUUACAAUAUUAUAAGAAGGGAGAUUUAACUAUAAAUAGGAACAAUAGCUUGAAGAGGACCCUGCUCAAACGAGCUUACAGUCUGUAGGAGGUGGGGUGUAAAACACAAUAGGAUUGCUGAUUGGCCAAUUGCUGAUUGGCCAGCGCUGUAUUUGACUCUUGGUGGCUCUGCCCCUGAUCUGCCUCCUUGUCAGUCUCAGCCAAUCCUAUGGGGAAGCAUUGUGAUUGGAUCACAGAAGGCAGCGGCUGCAGACUUAAAUACAAGUAAGAUUUUCCUAUAUUUAGGGAGGCAAGGGGAGCCAGAUGAUGGUUUUAACACAUGUUUGUGUUCCUGGCCUUAUAGUGUUCUUUUAAUGUAAUUGUUUUGGUGUUUUGGUGAGUAUUGUAUGUCCCUGCAGGCCUUUUGCUGUAAACACUGCCUUUUCAGAGAAAGGUCAGUGUUUACAUUGCUGCCUAGAAACACCUACAGUGGAAAAGGUUCUUCCUGUGUCAGUACUGCACAACACUUUGCAUAGAGGUGCUGUUCUUUUCCCAUAGAUGUGCAUUGAGUACAUGCAUCUCUAUGAGGAGAUUCUGAUUGGUGCAGCACAGCAUUUAGCCACACCGCAUUAGCUGGGAUCGUAGUUUUGAUGACCUCAGCCAAGGGGGCGGCGUGUGGGCAGAGCCAGCGCCUGCUCACCUGUGUGGUGCUGCAAAUAAGGUGAGUUUUUCAUCUAAAAAUUGUUUUAAUACUAUAGGGUCAGGUUCCUUUAAUAUAAAUUUAAAAUUAAAAGGAGUAUCUCUUCCAGAGCAAUGAAAAUUCCUAUUCCUGUUAGUAUUAACAAUGAUAUUAAUGGCUGUUUUUUAAAGGAACACUCCAAUCAGCAUAACCAGUACCACUCUGAGUUUACAGAAGAAGAGGUUCUAUUUCAUCUGUCAAACGUAAAGACAAAUAAGUCAAUGGGGCCUGAUGGAAUACACCCAAAGUUAUUAAAAGAGCUUAGUGGUGUACUAGCAAAACCAUUAACAGAUUUAUUGAACCAAUCAUUGUUAACAGGAGUAGUCCCAGAAGAUUGGAAGUUAGCGAGUGUUGUACCCAUUCACAAGAAAGGUAGUAGGGAAGAGUUGAGCAACUAUAGGCCAGUAAGCCUUACUUCAGUAGUGGGAAAAGUAAUGGAAACCAUGUUAAAGGAUAGGAUUGUUGAACAUCUAAAAUCACAUGGAUUUCAAGAUCAGAGACAUCAUGGGUUUACUUCAGGGAGAUUAUGCCAAACUAAUCUUAUUAAUUUUUUUGAUUGCAGUAGACAUUGCUUACCUAGAUUUCAGUCAGGUUUUUGACACUGUUGCACAUAGAAGGCUUAUCAAUAAACUGCAAUCUUUGAGUGUGGAUUCCAAUAUUGUUGAAUGGGUUAGGCAGUGGCUGAGUGACAGGCAACAGAGGGUAGUAGUCAAUGGAGUAUAUUAGAAGUCUUGUCACCAGUGGUGUACCUCAGGGAUCUGUGUUUUUUGCUGAUGAUACUAAGAUAUGUAACAGGGUUGAUGUUCCAGGAGGGAUAAGCCAAAUGGCAAAUGAUUUAGGUAAACUAGAAAAAUGUUCAGAGUUGUGGCAACUGACAUUUAAUGUGGAUAAGUGCAAGAUAAUGCAUCUUGGACGUAAAAACCCAAGGGCAGAGUACAGAAUAUUUGAUAGAGUCCUAUCAAAAUCUGAGGAAAGGGAUUUAGGGGUGAUUAUUUCUGAUGACUUAAAGGUAGGCAGACAGUGUAAUAGAGCAGCAGGAAAUGCUAGCAGAAUGCUUGGUUGUAUAGGGAGAGGUAUUAGCAGUAGAAAGAGGGAAGUGCUCAUGCCAUUGUACAGAACACUGGUGAGACCUCACUUGGAGUAUUGUACGCAGUACUGGAGACCGUAUCUUCAGAAGGAUAUUGAUACCUUAGAGAGAGUUCAGAGAAGGGCUACUAAACUGGUUCAUGGAUUGCGGGAUAAAACUUACCAGGAAAGGUUAAAGGAUCUUAACAUGUAUAGCUUGGAGGAAAGACGAGACAGGGGGAUAUGAUAGAAACAUUUAAAUACAUAAAGGGAAUCAACACAGUAAAGGAGGAGACUAUAUUUAAAAAAAAAAGAAAAACUACCCCAACAAGAGAACAUAGUCUUAAAGGGACACUAUAGUCACCAGAACAACUACAGCUUAUUGAACUUGUUCUAGUAAGUAGAAUCACUACCUUCAGGCUUUGUGCUGUAAACACUGUCUUUUCAGAAAAAAAUGCAAUGUUUACAUUAAUUUCACUGGCCACUCCUCAGAUGUUUGUUAGAGAUCCUUCCUGGGUCAUGGCUGCCUAAAAUGCAUCCAAACAUUCAGUGUCUCCUCCCUCUGCAUGCUGACACUGAACUUUCCUCUUAGAGAUUCAUUGAUUCAAUUCAUCUCUAUGAGGAGGUGCUGAUUGGCCAGGGCUGUGUUUGAAUUGUGCUGGCUCUGCCCCUGAUCUGCCUCUUUGUCAGUCUCAACCAAUCCUAUGGGGAAGCACUGUGAUUGGAUCAGGCUAUCACUUCUGAUGUCAGCAGGCAGUGGGCAGGCUUAAGGAAACAGGCACAAAGCAUACAGCUGCAGACUUGAAUACAAGUAAGAGUUACUAUAUUUAGGGAGGCAUGAAGGGACCAGGGUGGCUGGAUGGUGGUUUUAACCCUAUAGGGUCAGGAAUACAUGUUUGUGUUCCUGACCAUAUAGUGCUCCUUUAAAUUAGUUUAAAAAUAAUAUCAGGAAGUAUUACUUUACUGAGAGGGUAGUGGAUGCAUGGUGUAACCUUCCAGCUGAAGUGGUAGUGGUUAACACAGUGAAGGAGUUAAAGCAUGCGUUGGAUAGGCAAAAGGCUAUGCUAACUAUAAGAUAAGGCCAGGGAAAGUAUUUAGAAAAUUGGGCAGACUAGAUGGGCCAAAUGGUUCUUAUCUGCCGUCACAUUCUAUGUUUCUAUGUUUCACUACAGCUUGUUUCUGGUUGAUGUAGUCAAGACAGAGAGUGGCACGCAGCAGGACCCACUUAAGAUCUCAAACCAUUCUAAAAUUAUUUGAUUCCAUACAAAGUGGCACCAUAACCACUAUAGGGUGCUAUAGUGAUUAUUGAGUUUGGAUUGUUCCUUUAACAACAAGCAUGACAACUAGCCCUAUUAGUUCGUAAAACCGAGUCUCAUCUGCCCACAGGACCUUAUUGCCAAGUCAGCCACUGCACUGUGCCUUGCUCUGCCAGGAAAGAUUGCCGGUGUCUGCCAGUGCUUGGUAGAGAAAUACACCAUUAUUUUACUGGACACUCUUCUGAACAAAGUGGGGCCCAAGCUGGUGUGUGGACUCAUCUUUAUGUGUUCCACGGAUGAGAACUGUGGAUCAGGUGAGAGAGUGCACCUUACAAAUAUGCUGUAUAUGAAACCUUUGGGCAAAAACAUCUUACAAUAUAAAUGGUUAUGAGAAAAUAAAAAUAAAAAAUUACACCCUAACAUCCCAGUGACAAUUUUACCACAAUAUGGACUUGAUUGUUCUCUUUUUAUAAAAAAAAAAUAAUGCCCACAUUGUAUGCCAACAAAGAGAAUGUGAAUUGGGUGAAUACUUUUAUCUUAAAGGUAACAUGAUAAAUAUAUAAUAUUGAUCUAAUGAACAGUAUGAUUGCUUUUUGGAUUUCUUUUAAUCUUCUUUACCAAAGGGCAGAAUGUUUUCAGAAUUUUGUUGUCUACUUCAGGCUUAAAGGAUCUAUUACAUGACUAUUUUUUGUAAUCCAACAAUCUCUGCAGACCUACCCGUGAAGCCGGCAUUGAGCUCUGAUAUAACCUGUACCAUGUGUAUGGUGGUCACACACUUGGUAAAACCCACCCUAGGUGAAAAUGCCACCCAAGCAGACAUAAAAGCAGCUCUCACCAGAGUGUGCUCUGACCCUGAACUGGAUUUUAAUGCAGUAAGUGAAUAGGAAAUAAUAAGAUCAGCAACUGAAAAAAAACUGUACAGAACUGUUAAGUUCAUUAUUGCAAACAUAAUGCGGAUUAAUGAACAGUGCACACAAAAAAUAUGCAUAUUUAAAUGUUACAACUUAAAAUCACCUAUAUAGAAUGCCCAUAUUUGUUUGCUGAGAUAUGUGAUCUGAAGUAGCCUUGUGAUAUGUCAUACUGUAUUUUUUUGACUGUGGGAUGUUUCCUAAUCUGUAUUUUGUAUAUAUUGGUCUUUACGGCAGGACCAUUACCGAGAAAUGCUUGCUCCGGGUGUGCCCAAAAUUCCCUUUUUCCUAUGUAUUAUUGUAUACAUAUAAUGUAUUUCUGUUUAGUGCCAGCAAUUCAUGCAGGAGCAUCAGAUUGAAAUGAUCCAGAUUCUCCAAAAACCUUGGGAUCCCAAGCUGACCUGCCAGGUAAAACCAACAAAACAUGCGCACACUCUCUCUCCCAAAAUUUGUUGUUAAAUUGUUUCAGCACGAUUAGUGAACACAACCAAAAAUACUCCUAAUCAGUCUAUACUUCCAGUUUGUUUUAUGUGCCUUAACACCUGCUGAAAACAUUAAGAACUCUAUAUUCCAAGAACACUGGGAAUGAUAGUAGAAAUCCAUAUGAAAAUGUUCACCUGUAUAAACACAAGACCAAAGCAAACAAAGCUACGUUUAUUGAUGUUGAAUAGUUGUACUUCUGAGAGAUGCAAGUCAACAAAUCCAGGUCCAAUAAUGUUAAUAAGAUUAAUAGCAUAAUACACAGUUUUCUUGGAAUGUAAAAUGGGAUGAGUAGAGAGGAAGCAUGUUUUCUUUACCCUUUUGCUUAUGUUCCCAUGUGUGCAGGAAGUAGGUGCCUGUCCUGUUUCUAGUACUGCUGCUGAGGGGCGUUCUGGUUGCGCAUCUGGACCAUCAUACUGGUGCAAAAGCCUAGACAAUGCUAAGGAGUGUGAGGUGAGUGAGGAUGGCUACACAGGAGGUUCCGUUGAGGGUGAAUAUGAAGAUAAACAGGUAGUCUAAGUGGGAAGAGGCAGUGAAAGAUUUCCUUUUUAUUUUGUAUUUUUGCAGUGCAUAAGAAUAUAACAGACCAGCCUGAGCUACCCCAACGGCAAUCCUCAAGCAGAGUUUGACGCAUUAUAAUUGGGAUAAUAGAGUAGACAUGCACAAUUUUAUGAUAAUAGGAACAGGAACCGUACGGAAGUAGUAAAAGCAGAGAGACAAGAGACGGGUAAUAACGUUAAAAUGGAUAGACUCCUAGGCGAGGCAUCCACUUUGGUUCACUGGUGCACGUUUAGUCAAUCUAGGUAUGCCUGAACAAAUUGUUAGUAAACACUAGAAAUCAUGCUGAGUGUCUUCGAGUGUACUACAGUGCUGGUACAUGAGAUGGACUAAGUGUUGCAGGCUAAAUAUGUGUGGGUAUGUGCGAAGUGCUCAUAUAUUAAGGUAGAGUUUCAGGCUCAAGAAGCCACGGUUUCCACCCUGCAGCAUACACUUGCAUGUGGUAUGGAUUCGGCCCUAUAUCCCCAAUACAGGUAUGGCGGUGGGUGUGCCAAGUGUGUAUGCGCCCAUCUGAGCUAUCGUAUGUCAAUGCCAGAGAGAGAGGCAGGCAUGUUGAGUUUAGUUGGAUAGUCCAACUUAUGGGCGAGCUCUUCAGCUCCUGUGUGUUUGGGGGUGCAAAUACGCAAUCAUCCUAUGCCCUGACUCAGUAACAGGCUUAGGGGGUGGCGUGGUGUCAAGAGGCAGAGUCCAGGUAAGUCCUUCCCAUAGCCCCGGGCCGUCGUGAAGGCCUGCAUCUUUGGACCACAAACCUGGUCACUCAUGUAGGAGGCCAAAUUCUUCCCUUGCAGAGGACAGCUGUGGAUCCUGGUGGACAAUCGCUGCCUGCGGCGUCGAAUCCUCCGGGUCAGUAGCCGAUACUCCAGGAGGGUAUCCCUGGUGGGCCCAUCAUGUGAGGCUGUAACGUAGAUGUGGAUGGAGCGCCCAGUGGGGGUCCCGCUCUUCUCCCACCUUUCUUCUCUCUGCAUGCUCUCUGCAGCUGGUGCUCUAGGCGGCCCAAGGUGGGCAGAUAACCUGGCACUGAAGCUGUCGUGUGCCUUUGCCAUGUGUCGUAGCCUGAGCUCACGUGUUCCGCUUGCUCCCCACACCACUGUGCAAGAGGCUUGUGGUAGUCGGCCAUCUUGGGGAAACUGCAUAGUCCUUGAUGCUUGUCAGGACGAGUGCUUAAGCGUGGCUGCGUGCACUGAUGGUUACUCGUGGGGACCGGGAUAACCCCCACCGGUCCAGAAGGGGUGGAGGGUGCAGCUAAGCGUCGGUCGGAGAACUGGGAGAGCAGCCGUUUUACCCCAGCUCAGGGUCUGGUAGGCCUCAAUCAGGUUACUACAAUGCCAUAUGGGGACUUAUGGGGUAUCCCCGAGUUCACCGUCGGCUGAUAAAUAAUAUGAUCACCGUCGGCUGAUAAAUAAUAUGAUCACUGAUGUAGGUCAGUAUCUGCCUGCGGCAUGCAGUUAGCUCUGAUUUUCUAGCUCAGAUGCGAGAGCUCAGACAAGGCACGUCUGAUCCGAUCGGCGGUCAGGUUCUGCCCCUCCCAGUGAAAGAUUUUAAUAUAUAGGUCUGUAAAGCAAUAGAAAAUUGAUUCAGACAUAUAAUGAUUGGCUUCUCCUGAUUAAAACCAAGGCAGCAUUAAUGUGUGUACAGCUACUUCACAGAACACUGAACUUAUUGGGGAGUGUGUAUAACUAUAAGUCCCACAUGCCCAUCGAACUUAAUGCUGCCACGCUUUAAUUUUUUUGUUUUUCUGAACAAAUACUGACAGCAUUAAAAGGACACUUCAAGUACCAUAACAGCUUCAUUCUGAUAAAGUUAUUAUGGUGCUAGAAAGGCUUUAUGAUUCAUGCCUCGUUCUGAGGUGGAUAUGCCUGGGCAGUACAAUCGGACUUUGGCUUCAACACUGGUGGUAAAUGGUUCAUUAAUGCUUUAACCCCUUGAUGUAAACCAGCACACGGGGACCUCCUCACCAUAACAACUUAAUUUGAAUUAAGAUAUGGUGCCUGGAGUGUUCCUUCAACUUUUAUGUAAUACCUAAGAUAUAAACAUAGGUUACUCCAAGCACCAUGACCAAUUCAUUGAUUUCUGUACAUUAGUUUAUUUCCUCUGCUGAAUCUAGAAAGUCUAGAAUUGUAACUCCACCUCUGACAGAAUCAUUGAGUUUGCCAUCAGCUAGCCUAGAAGUAGAAUUCACUAGAAUUUAAUUGCACAGAAUGCCAGUAAUUAGCUGAGAGCAGUUAGCUAAUGCUCUCAGUCACUGAAUGACAAAGUAUAUGGCUUCUGACUACUGCAGAAGCAAGAAGCAUGUCACCGGACCACAAAGAAGCCUGUCAGGGACCUAGCUGAGGGGCAAGCCAUUGCAAAAUAAUCGGCCCAUUACUGGGGAAGCAGCCAGGGUAAUCCUGACAUCACAACCACUACAGUAGGCUGUAGUGGUUAUAGUGAUUGGAGUAAAGCUUUAGGGAGAAAAUAAAAAUUCCUGACCUGCAUUAACAUCAAAUUUCAACUUCUAAAAGCAGAAAAUUACUACUGUGAAAGACAAAUUGGGAGUAGUCCGUACAGUUUAUACUAAUUAACCAAUAACCAUGGUUAGAUCUGGAAAUUAUAUUUGUAGCUAUUAGGGUUGGAAUAUGUGCAAAGAAGGUAUUGGCACACAUAAGAGGUUUCCUGCCCUGAGUAAAAACAGAAAAUAAUUCUGGAGAAAAAUGAUGAAUAUUACCACCUUGUGCUCAAAGAUUGUUAGAUUUCAAAUAUAUUCAAAAUUUCAUAAUGUGUUUCAUUUUUCUAGGCUGUCAGUCACUGUUUGGAACAUGUGUGGCAUUAAAGAUCUCUUCAAUGCAAUUCCAGAACGCAGGCAUUACGAAACUCUAUUCUAUUGAGAUUCUGUUGAGAUCAGGUUCUCGCGACCAAUCACUUUGCUUGUGCUUUAUAAAAUAAAUUACUUUAUAAAAAGAGCCAGAGUCUUCUUGUGUUG